GGAGGACAACGUAAACCCUGACUGGCAGGACCUUGCCGAAGCUAAAGGACUGCGUUGGGACAAUCCAAUGCUGAGUGGGAGAGGACGUAAACAGGCAAGAGAAUGCGCAGAGAGGCUCGUCGACGUCAACAUCGCUCACAUAUUUGCGUCUCCGUUUGACAGAACUAUGGAAACAGCUGCGAUUAUUGCGGAAGGCAGAGAUCUUUUAAUCAAGCCGGAAGCAGGUUUAUGCGAGGUGCUCACGGAAUGCGGUAAACCCCCUGGAUUCUGGAGUACCAAACGAUUAAAACGGAAGUUCAAUUGGGUAGAUUCCGAAUACGAACCAGUAUAUGAGAAGGUAUCGACCAAGUAUCCUUACUAUAUAUGUAUAAAGCGCUCGCGUCUGUCUGCUGUUUGCACGGGAAUUCGAUAUCACCUGAUAAAGUGCCUGCAGAAGCUUGAAGCCUACGGAUGA